AUGCCUAAGGUCAACAAGCCCAAGCGCAAUAGCGCUUCACAGGGCAUGUCAGAUGCUGCUGCCAAGACAAAAGCUGCUCACAGUAUCUUCAAGAUGAACACUGAUAUUGGCCAGCACGUUCUGAAGAACCCUGGUAUUGCUGCUGCUAUUGUGGACAAGGCCGAGCUCAAGCAAAGCGAUAUCGUCCUUGAAAUUGGUCCUGGUACUGGUAACUUGACAGCCAAGAUUUUGGAAAAGGCGAAGAAGUGCAUUGCCGUGGAAUUGGAUCCUCGCAUGGCCGCAGAAGUCACCAAGCGUUUCCAGUCCACUCCAUACCAAAAGCGCCUGGAGGUCAUUCUUGGAGAUGUGAUGAAGACGGAGCUCCCAUACUUCGAUGUCUGCAUCAGCAACACUCCUUACCAGAUCUCUUCUCCUCUCACAUUCAAGCUCCUUGCUACAAACCCUGCUCCUCGUUCUUGUGUUCUCAUGUAUGUUCUCGCCGGCAAAGCUGCAACUUCCCCCUCGUUAUAUGCCAUUGGAAACUUACACGCGAACUCUCCAUACAGGUUCCAGCGCGAAUUCGCUCUGCGGUUAUUUGCCAAGCCCGGCGACAAGCUUUACAGUCGACUCUCAGUUAACGCUCAGAUGUGGGCCAAGAUCGAUCACAUUAUGAAGGUUGGCAAGAACAACUUCAAGCCGCCUCCACAGGUCGAGUCCAGCGUCAUUCGGAUGGUCCCCAAGAACCCUCGGCCACAGAUCAACUACGAAGAGUGGGAUGGUCUUCUGCGGAUUGUCUUUGUGCGUAAGAACAAAACUCUUCGGUCCAGUUUCAUUGGUACAUCAAGCAUCAUGGAAUUGCUCGAAGCAAACUAUCGGACAUGGUGUGCCCAAAACGACAUUCCUGUUGAGGAUGGCCCGGUUGAAGUCGCCAAUGACGAUGCGAUGGCAAUGGAUAUGGGUGAUGAGGAGGAGCAGCAAGAACAGGCUGCCGAGGAGCCGGCUGACGAGGUCAUGGAAAUGGAUGACGAUGAUGUUCCUGAUUUCUUCAAGGAGGAAACCAAUGCCCGCCUUGAGGCAGCGCUCAAGAAUGGUGCUUCACGCAAGAAGCGUGGGAAGGUUGCAGAGCUAGUCCGUGAAAAGGUGCGCCAGGUCUUGGAGGACGAUACUGACCUUGGAGAGAGGCGCGCAAGAAUGUGUGACGAGAAUGAUUUCUUGAAGUUGCUGUGGGCAUUCAACCAGAAGGGCAUUCAUUUCAACUGA